AUGAUAAAUAUUGAACAUGAAAAAUCAAUUAAUCAACUAAUAAAGAAGAAAUCUUUAGUACAAAAAUAUUUUCUCUGGUUACAACCAUGUGAAAUAUGGUGUUUAUUGCGUAAAAAAACGCAAUUCAAUUCAACAAUUUAUGAUUGUAUUCAAUCAGGAUUAGAAAAUCCUGAUGCAAUCUGUGGUCUAUACGCAAUUGAUGGAGACUGUUACGAAUUAUUUCGUUGUCUAUUUUGGCCAGUUAUUAUGGAUUAUCAUAAAAUUGAUAUUCGAAAUUUAAUAUUCAAACAUGAUUUUGGUGAUUAUCAUGAUAUACAAGAUUUAUCAUCAGAAAUAAAUCAACAAAUUUUAUCGAUACGUAUUCGUAUUGAUCGCUCUAUUCAACAUUAUCCAAUGAUACCUAAAUUAACUGUUGAUCAGUUAUUAGAAAUUGAAGAACGUGUAAGAACUACACUUGAACAUUUAGAUGAAGAUUUGCAGGGUGAUUAUCAUUCACUUAAAGAUCUUAAUGAAAUGGAUCAAAUUAAACUACGAGAAAGAUCUAUUCUUUUUCAAGAACCAAUAGAUCGUUAUUUAGAAAGUGCAGGAGUAUAUAAUCAUUGGCCAAAUGGUCGUGGAUUUUCUAUCAAUAAAGAUGAAAAUUUUAUAAUUUGGGUUAAUGAAGAAGAUCAUCUAAGUUUUAUUGCUCAAUCAAAUGAUAGUAAAAUGAAUGAGACUUAUGAACGUCUAAUACGUGCUAUAACUCAACUACAUCAAGCAUUUGAAUUUCAACAACAUCAACGUUUAGGUUAUUUAAAUUUUUCUCCAUUAAAUAUUGGAACAGCAUUACAAGUUAAUGUUCAUAUAAAAUUAAACCAUACAGAAAAACUUGAUGAAUUGAUUGAAUUUAGUAAAAAAUAUGAUAUUCAUUUAGAAAAUACAAAUGAAAAAAAUAUUUUUAAUUUAUCAAAUAUUAUACGAUUAGGACGAACUGAAUUUCAUAUUAUUCGUAGUAUGUGGAAUGGUAUUCAACAAAUCAUUGAACAAGAUAUAAAUCAAAACAUAAACUAA